CAGCAGGAGAGCGCUCAGACCGGACAGAUCUUCAGAGAAGAGCACAGAGACCAGUCUCCUCCGUUAUUCGGUACAUCUCGUCGGUAUAUGUUCUGAUGGGUUAAUCUAACAGACAACAACCAGCUGAUUAUAAAGCGUGACAAUCAACGGAAGAACUUUGACAUGGAAUGACACGAUUCCUCCCGAGUGGACCUUUAACAUCUUGUGACACUUCGCCUGUUGUUCUGGAACAGUGUAUCCCGUCUGAUGUGCACCUGUUACGGCUGCUCUCUGCCCUGCACACCGCCUCACCACGGAGCGUCAUAAACAGCCAGCUACUGAGAUGGCCCGUGCAGAGACCAUGGAGAGCGCCGGGGAGACAGGAGGAGAACCAGGAGACGGCCCCCUGCCUCGCCACAGCUCCUGCCGGAUGGAGCUGCCCCGCCCCUUCUACAACUGGCCCGGCAUGCUCACCACCACCACCAUCACCACCGGCUCUGUGACUGGCCCCGGGGCCUUACACCUCCACCAGAACCACCACCACCUGCACCCUUUGCAGGCCCUCUAUAUGUCAUACCCGGUGCCUUACCCCCACCCAGAGGGCCAGGACGAGCCCCAGACUCACCAGCAGUUACCUUGGCCAUCGUCAUCAUCAACGCCUCCCUCACCUCUCUGCCAUCGGAGGGAAGAGAGGGCCAGUGUCUUCUCAGGAGAGCAGUCAGACUCGCUCAGAGAGGAGCCCCAGGAGACCUCCAGCAGGCAGGGGCCUCUUCCAGACCUGCUGCCACAGAACGAGCAGCUCUCCUGGGCUUCCCCUCGUCACAGAGCCCCCGGAGGAGAGGCAGCGCAGGUGCAGGUCAUCAGGAGGGUGGCCCACCAGCUGAGGGCCAUCGGAGAUGAGAUCAACGCCACAGUCCUCCACAGAAUGUUUCCUUCCUCAUCAUUCUUGCUUUAA